GCGCGGGCACUAUUUUGUUGUGGUAUUAAUUUGGCAAAUUUAAUAUGGAAAAGUCUUUCUUUUUGUUUCAGAUUAAAACUGAGCAAAAAAAGUAACAAUUUGAACUCACUGUGAGAGUGCCCUUGUAUAUUUCACUAUAUACAAUUGUAUUGACUGCAACAGCUAACAAUGUCAUGGACAGAUGGAGCUACAAGGUAUUAUGAACGUUAAGGAGGUGGUAAUUGAAUUAGAAAACAGGUCUACAGGUUUACACAGGAAUGUUCACAUCAAACAAGAGACAGUUGACGUUGCAGAAGAAUUUCACAAUAAAGACGAGCUAGAUCUAUAUGCAGAUCAUGAAAUCAAGGAAGAGUUGGUUAUAGGACCUGUGACGCUGCAGCCAGCUAGCAUAGCUCAAGUCAAAUGUGUGCAGAACACAUAUGACGAGUUGAAUAUUGAUUCUCGACCAUACAAAUGUGAUAUUUGCACAAAAUGUUUUGUACAGAAACACCAUCUUAAGCGUCAUGAAAUAAGUCAUACUGGAGAGAAGCCAUACAAAUGUGCACAUUGUCACAAAUCUUACACCACAAAAGCAGAAAGUAAAAUACAUUUAAUGACGCAUACUGGAGAGAAACCAUACAAGUGUGAUAUUUGCCAUAAAGGUUUUGGGAGAAAAAUACUGCUUAAGUAUCACAUUAUGACUCAUACUGGCGAAAAACCACACAAGUGUAAUAUUUGCCAUAAACAUUUUAAGAAAAAAGAUGUACUUAAUAAUCAUAAACUAAUUCAUACUGGAGAGAAACUGUUCACAUGUGAUUUUUGUAACAAAUCUUUUACCUCUAUAACCAAUCGUAAUAAACAUUUAAUAACUCAUACUAGCACGAAACCACAUAAAUGUGAUCACUGUCACAAAUUUUUUACCAAUAAAGGAAAUUUUAAUAAACAUUUAAUGGUUCAUACUGGAGAGAAACCAUACAAAUGUGAACACUGUAACAAAUCUUUUACCACUAAAGAAAAUUGUGAACAACAUAAAAGAAUUCAUACUGGAGAGAAACCAUACAAAUGUGAUAUUUGCCAGAAAUGUGUUGCAAGAAGAGUUCUAUUAAAAUAUCACAUAAUGACUCAUACUGGUGAAAAACCAUACAAAUGUGAUAUUUGCAACAAAAGUUUUACAAGGAAAUAUGAAGUUAAGCGUCAUAAAAGGAUCCAUACUGGAGAGAAACCAUACAAGUGUGACAUUUGUAACAAAUAUUUUAGUGAUAAAGCAAAUCAUGACAAACACUUAAUGAUUCAUACUGGAGAGAAAACAUAGAACAUUAAACAAAAAACUUAUUGAAAAACAAACA